UUUUUUUCCAAAUUUUAAACACGUAUCUCACAGCAAACACCAUAUCCUCCAGUGGUGGUUAGGUUUCCUCAUCUGGGUUUCCAGUCCCAUAAAUGAUUCUCACUCUCGCAUGCCCAAUCCAUGAAAUUCCAAUCCAAAAAGUAACGAUCUUGAUUGUGCCCAGAAGCCCGAUCAAAAAGUGCGAUCGAUUUAGGUGCGACUGAACGACGUGCAAUCGAUUACCGCUACAACAAUGGGUGCGACUGAACGGUCAGAGAUCUAUGAACGUGAGGUGAAAUGCUCAGGUACCAUGUUACAAAUUUUUUUGCACCUAGCAGUCGCUGUGAAAUCCCAGAUGAAUUGAAGUCGCUGAUUGAUAAAGCCCAUGAGUUAGGCCUGCUUGUUCUUAUGGAUAUCGUUCACAGCUAUUCAUCAAAUAAUACUUUAGAUGGACUGAACAUGUUUGAUGGGACUGAUAGCCAGUACUUCCACUCUAGGUCACGUGGAUAUCACUGGAUGUGGGAUUUUCAUCUUUUCAAUUAUGGAAGCUUGGAGGUAUUGAGAUUUCUUCUCUCAAAUGCAAGAUGGUGGCUCGAAGAGUUCAAGUUUGAUGAUUUUAAAUUUGAUGGUGUCACUUCAAUGAUGUAUACUCACCAUGGGUUGGAGUUAUGUUAAAAAGGAAUCUUCUGGUGUGCGCACCCAUAGAGUAUGGAACCUUGGAUCAAAUGGUGGCCUCCAUGAAUGAGGCUAAAGCAGAAGGAGCUGACCUUGUGGAGCUUUCCAUAUCUUUUUCUUCUAACAUUUCUCAACUUGAGAAACUCAUCAAACAACGAACUCUCCCUGUGAUUCUCUCCUUUAGGUAUCUCUCUCAUCAAUUCGUAAUACAUAUAUGAGUUUGAGUUUGAUUAAUAUUAUUAAUUGUUUUCCAAGAGCUUUUAAGUUUUGAAAGUGUAAUAUAAAGAGAAAACCAUAACUAUAAUUGAGCACAAUCACAAACUCUUAUAGUUGUUGGUUCUAAUUGAUAUGGGCCAGAAAUGUAUUCUGGUUCUAAGGAGCUCUGUACAAUUUACAACUACGCAAAUAUUAGUAGAUUCAUAAUUUUUAAUUUUAUAAACUCUUUAAGUUUUAGUAGAUUCGAAAAUUCUACUGUAAGGAAAUGGGUAUUUUCCAAGAUGAAGGUGAAUGUAAUCUCACGAAGUGGUAAAGAAGUAAUCAAGGGUGGCCUUGAGCUCAAUAACUCUGUAAGUUCUUUUUUUUUUUUGUAUAUUUUUUGGAAAAAUAAAAAUUGAGUUUAUAAAGAAAUGGAAGAAAUACGAUAAAGUUUGAAUCUUUUCCAUUAUUUACUUGUUGAGUUUUGGGUGAAAUGAUAAAAAGAGAAGGAUUUAGUGUGAAAGAUUCAAUCCUUCUGUUACUUGAAAUUUGCCUAGAGACUUUGAUUUUGUGUUUAUUUAAUUUUUAUGUUGUUUCUUCAGGCCACUGUAGAUGAUCUACAGGAGGCGAUUCAUAAGAGAAAGCUUCUUUAGCAUCCAUACUCUGUACCUGCAACAUAGGAUUUUUUGGGAGCUUGUUAAAUGGACUACUUUUCAUUGUGGCUGCCAUUUCUACUUUUAAUUAUAAUAUUAAUGGUGGGAACUAAGCUUCAAGUAAUCAUUACAAAGAAGGGAUUAAGCACAGCUGAUGAAUACUAUGUUCUCUGAGGAUGUCUAAUGUCGAAAACGACUACUAUAUGAACUUGAAGGCACACCAUCUCCCAACAAUGGACCAGCUGCAGCAAGUGAAACACAAGAGAAUAACUAUAAAGUUGAGAAGGAUGUAAGUGAGGAAGUGGUUCAGGAGCCAAGCUCAUCCUCACAACAAAAUGAAGUAAAGAUUUUCUUAUCUCACUUUUCAUUGAGGAAGUGAAAUAGAUAACACUACUAUUUUACUCUUUUUUUCCUUUCUUUUCUUUUGGUUAUGUACUUUUUGUUGAAGAUGAUGAUAUGUAUAAGCUUGAACAUGGUAAAAAUUACACUAUUGUCUCUAUCGAAGCAAAUGAAGAUUAAAAUCCACCAAUGAUUAUCAUUAGUUUUUUUA